UAAUAAAAAAGAUGGCGAAUUCAAAUCCUCGAGGAAUUCCUGGUGCUCAGUUUUUUGAGUUUACACAGUUAUCCAUGGAAGAUGCACAAAACCAUUUGGAGAAAUUUCAAGAGGCAAUUGCAAAAUACAAAUUUAUGGAAACAAGCAUCGUUCGACGAGUUGCUGGUUUGGAUGACAAAAUCCCAGACAUCACUAAAACUUUGCAGACAGUGCAAUUUAUGAAAAAGAAAAAAGGUGAAUCUUUUAAUGUUUUAUAUGAACUUAAUGAUACGUUAUAUACCAAAGCAGAAGUGGAAGCUAGCGAAAAGGUAUACUUAUGGCUAGGAGCGAAUGUCAUGUUGGAAUAUUCGGUAGAAGAAGCGGAAACUCUACUUACUCAAAAGUUGAAUGCUGCUCAAGAAACUAUGAUGGUUUGCAAAGAAGACUUGGAAUUUCUGAGGGCUCAAAUUACCACCAUGGAGGUUAAUACAGCUCGUGUUUACAACCAUACCGUGUCCCUAAAAAAGGCAAGUGCUUCCCAAAAAUAAACUAGGGUGUUCUUCUAAUGAUUUCUUUUUCAUUACUUCUGAUAAGGUACAUAAGUUGAUAUUAUUACGUAGCAGACCUAGAUAGAUUUCCUUUUGGUAAAUAAGUGAAUUAUACGAAAGUAUACCGCCAACAGACAAGUAUUUCAAGUUAUUAAAAAUGUCAGGUAGUGUUAUUUAAGUGUGCUAAAUUUAAAAAUUAAGUAAGACUAGCUCGGACAAUAAAUUAACUUGACCCACGUCUUAAAGCAAUUUCCU